ACCACCGGCGCCAUGGGGCAACCUCAGCACCAGGAGCAGCAGCAGGGGCCGCGCACCGGGUCCCGGCGGCUGCAGUAUGCCGCCGCCUUCUCAGCGACGCUGGGCUACCUGUCGUUCGGCGCGUUCGCCGGCUGGGCGGCGCCGGUGCUGCCGCGGCUCAUCUCCAACUCGUCGCACAUCCCCACCACGGAGGACGAGGCCUCGUGGAUCGUGGCGUCCAGCUCGCUGACCAUGGUCUUCCCCAUGCUCUUCAUCGGCCACCUGGUGGACCUGCUGGGCCGCAAGCGCAUGCUGCUGUACAGCGCCGGGCCGCACCUGGCGCUCUGGGCCAUCCAGAUCUUCGCCACGCAGCCCUGGGAGCUCAUCGUGUCGCGCGUCGUCGGCGCCAUCUCGCAGUGCAUCAUCAUCGUCGCCUCGCCCUGCUACCUCGUCGAGAUCGCCGAGCUCGAGAUCCGAGGCACGCUGGUCACCCUCUACCAGGUGAUGCAGAACCUGGGCACGCUGGUGGUGUUCUGCGUGGCGCCGUACGUGCACUUCCGCACUCUGGCCGGCAUCCUGCUGGCGUUCCCCCUGCUGCUGGUGGCCACCCUCUCUUGGAUGCCGGAGUCCCCCACCUACCUGCUGCUCAGGGGGCGCAACAAGGAGGCCCAGCAGUCGCUCAAGCGUUUGCGAGGCACCAGAGUCUUCGAGGACGUGGAGGAGGAGUUCGAGGCUCUGCGGCGCUCGGUGGAGGAGCGCCAGAGCGAGCCGGGCGCGGGCGACGGCUACAUGGCGACGAUGCGGGAGCUGGUGUGCGACUCCGUCAACCGGCGCACGCUGCUCAUCUCGGGCAUCCUGAUGCCGCUGCUGCUGUGGUCGGGCUACCUCGUGCUCAUGACGUACGCCACAGUGUUCUUCCAGCGCUCGGGCAGCUCCGUGGACCCCGACGUGUCGUCCAUCACGCUGGCCGUCGUGCAGAUGGUGAUGAGCGUGGUGGCCUCGGUGGCCGUGGAGCGCUUCAGGACUCGCCGCACGCCGCUCAUGGUGUGCUUCGCCGGCGCCGCCCUGGCGCUCGUAGCGGAGGGCCUCUACUUCUACCUGCUGGACGUGGCGCAAGCUGACGUGGCCGCCUUCAGCUGGGUGCCGCUCGCCUCACACAUAGUCUACUUGAUAUGCAUGACGAUGGGUCCAGGCGCCCUCAUAUGGACGGUCUGCAGCGAGGUGUUCCGUCCUCGCGUCAAGGGCAUCGCCAUGUCGGUGUUGUCCAUCGUCAACUGCGGAUCGGCUUUCGCCACGCUCAAGACAUACCACGCCAUGUCCAUCCACUUCGAGCUGUACGUGUCCUUCUGGAUGUUCGCCAUUUUCUGCGCAUUCGCCGUGUUCUACGUGUGGAGGUUCGUUCCCGAGACCAAAGGCCGGCUGGCCGAGGAGGUGGCGUUGGAGAUAGCGGGCAUCAAACCUGGACGCACUGAAGACGAGACCGCCACCAAAGAGGAGAGGGAAAAGAUAAAAGUGUGAGCCUGCGCUCCGUGGCACGCCAGUACUCUACAAUAUGACAAACUCUGAUGCGCCCAGUAUUAUGAAAAGUGUCGCCUAUCUCUUGACUGUGAUAGCCUUUCGACACUCUAGACUUUUCGGUGCUGCUGAAGAAGCGUUAUCAUUCGCAUUAUAUAUUUCACAUUCAUACAAAGUAUCAACCAUACCACUUUAUUGUAUUUGAUGCAAAGAGAUUAUUUAUUGCAAGAGAUCGUAGGCUUACCUGGCCGUCUCCAGUGAAAACAUAAGUUCCUCAAUUUUUAUAAACGAUCAUUCUACAAGGUGAUAUAUAUGUAUAUAAAGAACAGAUCAGCAGGGACUUAUGUUUACUCCUGAUGCUUCACCCGUUUUUGGCCUAGGUGAAGAGGGCUCUUUCAUUGCUACGACUGCUACUUAGUUUCAGUGUCUUAGCAAAAAAAAAAAAAAAAAAGAAAACUUUCAUCACCAGUGGCAAUCUACGAAAGAAAGUCUGGAUCAUCUUGAAGCAGUUUCUUAGGUUCUUUGCAGACUUUCUCGCAAUAUCCUUCUGAUCGUCUUGAAGCAGUUGUGGCACAAAUUUCUCCGCAAUACUUCUCAUGUUCAACUUUUCUCAUACAAUACGUUAACGUAUACCAUAACGUAUUCCCAAGGUGUUAGAGAGGUCUUGACAGCCUGUCUACGAACUUGCAGAAUCAGAUCCUCCAUUUGCCGAACGUUUCCUGGAGUGAUAUCAGUUGACGGCCGACUGGAAAAGUCCUCGUUGUCACUAGAUGUUCGCCUGUUUUGAAACGCCUAUACCAGUCGUAAGUCUGUGUCUUGCCAAAGCGUUGUCUCCAAGUGCUUGCUUCAACAUCUGGUGCGUUUCUGCAGCGGUUUUCCAGCUUUAAAAUAAAACUUUACUUAAAUACGCUACUGUUUCAUGUCAGCCAUCGCAAAGCCACCAGCUGUCGGAAACACAACAGUGGAAAUAUGUUCACCAAGAAGCAGCCAAAUAUCACUGAGAUCACAGACACUUGACACACUAAGUCAGGGCAGGUGUGUGAGGGGACAGCUAGUUGUACUCCAACGUCCUCUUAACCAUUAGCGGGAAAAAUCAAAUUUUGGGAAUAUUUUUAUACCACAUUGCAUUAAAUUUCUGUUGGUGUUCUGAAGUAUUCUACCAGAGACUGGCUCUUCCUGCAGUACUAGACCCAUUUGAGAUGAAUUUUCUCUGAGUUGAUAUUAGUAUCGUUAUCGUAAGCCCGGCACUGCUAAUCACCGAUAUGACUGAUAACUACGUAAGAUAAGGUAUUAUACGCCGGCAGCAACAGGGUGCGAGGAACCUGUUUCAUCAACGAGGCGUGCAACUUCAGAGCCCACAGUGUGACACAGAGUUAAGGGAACCUGUAACUGAUAUCUGUUCCGCUUCAUACCACAUGCUUUAUUUUGCACGCAAAAUUUCCGCCUUCAUAUUGUUUUUUUUUCUGAAUUCCUCAGUCAGGCUAGUGAUUUCAUGUCACACACACACACACACACACACACACACAAUCAUAUGUGAAAACUAUUAUCCUACAUUUACACUCGUCCUUCUGGCAACGUCUUCUUACAGGAACAUCAUCUGCGGUAAUCUGCAAGCACAUUGCAAAUCGUGGAUCUCUUCUUUUUUCUUUGAAAAAAAAUUCUCAAAAAAUGAGCAAUAAUCAGUGGUGCACCGCACGGACCGCUUGUGCACAACUUCUUUGGUAUACGCCCCACGCUUCCUUUGGAGACUCCUAACGAACUGCGUUUGACAGUUGUCUUCUCCUUUAGGUCAUUCUAAAUGUUAUUAUUAAAUAUCAUGACCUCGUCGUGAUAUUUGCGUAUCCUGGACUUCAGUGCCCAUUGAACUUCUUAUUUUCGUUACCAAAUGUAAUUACGGAACUUCUUUGGAGGUACAUUUAGUUUUCUUGAUAUCGAACAUUCCCUACGAAGCGCCCCGUCAGUUCAGAGGCGUAUUAUUCUAGUCAUAAAUCUGGUAGAGUGAAAUAUAGUAGAACACAAAAUCCUGAAAAUUCACACCUGAACGUAAGCCAUUCUUCCAACUGCCAUACAGUGGCGCAAUCACUAAGGAACAACGAUUGCAGUCAGUUAAUCACAGUUUAAGCAAGUCGUAAGCAGUGGAUUCUGUGAGUCAUAACCUUACAUGUUAUCACAAGUAAUUUCUCAAAGAUUUUUUUCUUCUCAUUCUACCGUUGAGACAUGAACCAUAUGGGAACAGUUAUGCUUCCUGCUAUUACGACUGUUAGAUGGAACGUAAAUUUUCUCUCAUCGUACACUAUUUCAGCCAUUCAGUGCCCCUCCAUUUGUAGAAUAUAUAUUUCCCGUAACAUGGAACACAUUGUAAAAUUCUCAGCAUCAGUAAUUUAGUAAACUCGUAUACUAAAAUCAACAGCUCGUCAGAUCGUUACGAAAGUAUACACUCUGAUUCAUUCUCAUAUUUCCUCAGUGCAGAAAUUUAAUGCCUGCUUCAGCCACACUUCAACUAAUCUGAAGAUAAUAGUAGCCAUACCUUGAUCAGUUCUUCUAAUCCGUAAAGAAUACACUUUUUUUAUUGAGACCUAUCUGAAUUCAGACUAUGUUCUCCUUUAACCUUAUUUUCUGCAUGUCAAACACAAUGUAUACUAUCCCCUUUAAGCGCUAGUCCCUCUAACAAUUACAAUCGGUUUAUUUUUCAUUGGCUCCAUUUCUUGAAACGUUAACUUGAAGAAAUAUGCCGUGAAAAACUUGCUUAAAAUAGAGAUCGAAUGAGUCAACAGAAAAAUGCUACCUGCUGCCAUAUGACACGACCGCGUUGCAUCCACAGCCAGAAAAUCCAUGAACUCAACUGCUUACAUAAACUACACUCGCGUUAUUAAUACCAUCUGUAAGCCGAAUUGGAUACCAAAUCAAAUAAACAUCUUUUUCUACAUACAUUUUCACAGUAAAUUAAUUUUAACUCACUCUCAGCAAGCUCCUGUCGUCUGAGCUUUCUACAUCUCCUGAAUUAUCUUCAUCUCAUAAUAGUGUCUUACGAAAUGCUAGAAAGGAAACAUAUUCUGUCUUCACAACACUAAAUGUGUACUUUUCUUCUGGAUGUGCACGAUUACGAAAAACUGGGAACAGACUAAUUUGUCUUGCAAUAAAUCAGAGACAGAAAUACGAUUGCAUUUUCGUAUCUCUUCGACAUAUCCUUGACAAUGAAGUCUCAGUUACUCCAAAAAAUGAUAAACUAGUCAUAUUCGUGGUUCGCCGUAUCAAGAAGGAAAAACUGCAAGACAAGAAGACUGAAACAAUAACGAAAAUUAUACGACAAAGAAACAUUCGAGAGGAGGCGGAAACUGGGACAGUAUUGCGAUAGCCAUGACACAGGCAGUAUGCUAUCUACAUCACGAAGCCUUUUUCCCUGUAUUAAUACCAGGCAGCCAUAUACUGAUCUUGUAUUGCCGUAGGUUAAGAAAAAUGUUCCUAAAAACUCUUUUCAGCCUGACUGGUUUACAUAGUGACAUUAUGUGUACCACCAUUUGACCGUGUCUAUGUUCCUAUGAGCUGUUUUUGUAUGGACAGUAUACAAUUUUCUGUAAGAUAUUAAAGCCAAUAAAAUUCGUU